AUGGCUGCAUUGGUACAAACGAUUCCCCAGCAGACCAACUCCAUCACUCUGCUGCAGCCUCGCGCCUCUUCUACUGGCACCUUUCCAUCCCCCACAACUUCAACACUACAGCAGCAUUCACAAAUGUCUCGAAACCAGCAGCCGUCUAGGGCAUCACAUAACAAUGUGUUGGAAAAUGGGAAUGGGAAUGGGAUUGGUUAUAGGACUUCACAGGCUGGACAUCCUGUUGCUCCUUACGCCUUCACUAGCACUCCCAGUUUGACGAAUACUGGCAGCUCUCACAUGCGUCAGAAUGGCCCCCAUCACCUAAAAACGGAGGAUAGAGCGGUAUCUGCUCCUUCGACAGUACAUACCCAAGCAAACCCUACUUACCCGGGCCUGAUUCCCUCUCGUGUGCAUUUCCCUGCUGCUGGUUCGGUAUCUAAUACUUUCCCUACCAUCCCGUCCUCUGUUAUAUCCCAAGUUUCGAAAGACGACUCUGCAAUCCCAACAAGACAACGAACCAGUGAACCUCCUGCUCGGCCUUUGUCUUCAAUUGGGCUUACAUCUCCCGCUGCUUCUGCUAAACCUUCUCCAGAUCGUUACCGUCGUGGUCAACGACGAGCUGAAACCCAGAAUGGGCUUAUGCAGACUUCGUCGCCUGUAGCAAACGGACCCUUGCAGUCCAGUUUUGGCCCCAGUAUAAAGCAAGGAGCCCCCCCAUCUCACUUCAGAGGUGUCAGUGCAGAUGAUGGGUCCGUUAACAAGUCACAAUCAUCAGAGCAAGCCAAGCGCUACAGACGUAGGAGCUUGGGCAGUCUAGACAUGACCCCGGUAAACGUAUCAGAACAAAAAUCAGUCUCCGAAACACAAAUUUCAUUAGACACCAAAGAUUUGACUCUCCAAAACGUCGAUCAGCAGCCCCAUUCUGCUCAAUCAUACUCCCAUUCCCACAAGGGUAGCGCUGAAAGUGUCUCAUCCACCAGAUCGUCACCUCCAACUGGAAAACGAGCUCCUCCAGUUUCAUCGCCCACUACACUGAAACUAGAUCACAAACUCAUUGAAAAUCCGAAACGUGUCACAAAUCCUUCUCCUUUGUCCCAACCGGUGGAUAUGAGCUCUGAAUCUUCAGAAACAAAGCACCCCACUACCACGAACUCCGCAACUAAAACACCUUCUGCAAUGCAAGAACAGUCCUCAUCUCCUUCACAAGGUAAAACACAAAGUCCUGCUGCAAAGCGCCUGACAGAAUUGUCAAAAAAAGGUUUCCAUAAAUCUGGAAAGUCAAGGCUACGAAGGGCACUGUCGUUUGGCAGUGUUGCGGAGCUUCGGGCCGCCAGUGCCCAGGAAGCUACACAAACUGGUCGACCUAGCCAAGAAGUGUCGCGAAAGCAACAACUCGACGAGGAAUUGGGUGCGGAGCAAGCUGCAAUUGCAGAGGAACAAGAAGCCAAUGGACUUGGUGAGAGCAUAUAUUCAGGGCAAGGUCAUCUAUUUUCGGGAUCGAUGGAUAAUCUGUCUAUUUCUUCCACUGCCUCUUCGGCGUCGAUUAUGCUGAGGAAGAUGGGCAAAGGCGUUAGAAACUCCACCCGGUCACUUGUCGGGCUCUUCAGACCUAAAUCUACACCCAACACCAUGAGGAAUGCAACUGCACCUGCUGAACCUAUGACGCCUCGGGUGUCCAUAGUAAAUGUGGAAGCGGAGCGCGAUAACAAUGUGGCACGGUCCAAGAAUAGCACCUCGGUGCAGGUCAAUGAUAAUAAUAGUUAUAAUUACAAUAAUGAACCAGCAACAUCGCCCUCAGCUCAGGGACGUACUUCUGUGGAAACCGGUAGCUCAGACACAGGAGGAGAACAAAGCUACGGUGCUGAUAACGUUAACGCGGUCCGCAAGAGCAUCAUGGGAGGUGAAAGAGAGCGUGCUGAAGUUCUCGCUGCGGUGAGAAAGGGAAUUCUGAAAAGAUCUGGCACCGGCUCCAACACCUCGUCUCCCACCCUUCGCCCGGUCGAGUUCAGAGGAGUUGACAUGAUUCCUGUUCCUCACAUCCAGGACUCUCCUCACUCCAGCGCCCCAAGCACCCCCAAUGGAGAUCGUGAUCACCCCCCGCGCUCUGGCCAUCGACGGACGGAUUCCAUUACAAUUGAAGGAGAAGAUUACUUCCUCCCCUCUGGUCGAUUCACUACAUCCGACUCCUCAAGUGCACCCGUUACGCCACAAACCGCUGCGCGAAACAUAUCAUUCAGUCCCCGCAUCCAAUUUCACGACACAUGGCCUAGUGGAGAGUAUGACCGUCGCGGAGAUAUUGCGACUUGCAAUCGACUGACGCCGCUAUUAGCACAGCAAAUUAAAGAAGAGCUUAAUACUUUCAAAAUGGAGAUGGAAGUCCACGAAUCCUCGAAGGUUUAUACACACUUCUUCUAA